AGGCACUUUUUGUAUUUUCUCUCUUUAUUUCCGUAUACCCCGUGUGUCUCUUCAUUCUCCAGUUUCUCACAAGUCUCAAACUUUAUACUUCAGAGACCUCUCCGUGCCUUGGCGGCUGUAAAAGAUUGUCCAACAGUUCGCUUUUGGUUAAUAUUGGUGCACAAGUUAUUGACUUUUGGGAGAGAAAGAUGGGAGCUAACGACUUGCAGAAGAAGCUAAAGAAAAAGAAGAAUAAAGAUGGAGACUCCCAAACAAUGAACUCUAACUUUGUUCAAAAUGAGGAAAAUUUUCCCCAGGUAACAAAAGAAAAGAAAAGGAAGAAGAAAUUGGAAAUGCAAAAUAGUAAAAGCAAGGAUGACAUAUAUGGAUGCCAUAUCUCAUAUCAUAAAGGUAAUAAAUUGGUAAAGUUAAUUAAUAUUGUGAGCAUCAAUUGUUGGUCUGUAUGGUUGAUUUAUUUGAGGUUUUUAGCAGAUGAAUCAAAUAAUGCAAAUGGGGAAAAGAAAAAGAGCAAAUCGUCAAAGCAGAAGAGGAAAAAUAAUGCACUUGCUGAAAGUGGUGGAGUUAAUCAACCUAAUGAAAUAGAGGAUGGAAUUGGUCAAGAAAAUACCAUAUCGAGUGAACAUGGCAGUCAGGAGACAAGGAAAUCCAGAAAAAAGAAGAGAAAAAGUGAUAAGAGAGCUGGCAAAGCCGAAGCUGACAGUGUCUCGAAACGACAAAGAGGCAAUUUAGAAGAGGCCGACGACGUUGUAGAGAAGGAUCGUCCAGUUUCAAGGGCUAAGGAUAAUUUGCCAGUGGAGACAGAACAAGCUAAAGAAGAAGAUAUUUAUGAACUAUCUUCAGGAGACGAGGAUUACUCCAAAGGAAUGAGAAAAUGGGUUGCUGAUUAUCAUCAGAAUAGGCCAGGGUUAGAAGUGUUGCAAGAAAGGAUUGAUGAGUUUAUAACUGACUACGAGGUGAAAAAGGAACAGGAAAAGAAAGAAAAAGAAGCCCUUGCUGCAGAAGAUGGAUGGACCGUUGUUGUACAUCACAAAGGCAGGAAAAAGACUACGGAUUCUGAAACUGGAAUUGCAGUUGGUUCUGUUUCUCAGGCUGCAGUUAUGGAUAAUAUGGCCAAAAAGAAAAAUAAAGACGUGGGAUUAGAUUUCUACCGGUUUCAGAAAAGAGAAGCAAAGAGAAACGAGAUCAUGGUGCUGCAGAGCAAAUUUGAGCAGGAUAAGAAGCGGAUACAACAGUUGAGGGCUGCAAGAAAGUUUCGACCUUACUGAACAAAGAAAAUUUCCGGAAUAGAGUUGUAAGCUACACAAAUUUUGGGGAGAACCGGUUUCGAAAUUGUUUUAAGUUUUGAAUUCUGCUUCUUUAAAGAGAACCAGCUUUAACUAACAGCAGAAGGUGAUUGAUAAGGUUAUGUGAUACACGUGAGAUGAGUAUAGAUGAGCUACUUUUCUUGUAUGCAGUUCCCGUUCCCGUUUCUGUUGUAAGUGAGCUAGAUGCAAAAAUUUUGUUACUGAAACUUGUGCUUUAUGCUGUUAAUGGUAGGAAUUUCACUUAAAUCUCAGCCUAGAGUUGGCUGAUUUUCCCCGGGGUCGGGGAAAUAAAAAACUAUUGUAUUUUUUCUACUA